GCCAUCAUCUGUCCUGCUCCGCUUUACGUCUACGCAACGGCUUCAGUUAUGGCGAACGCGCCAACGCCUAACGGACGUCCCCAAGUCUCGCCGCUGCUCCUCGCUGAGGCUCUUGGCUUUGUGCCACAACUCAUCCUCGACGAUAUUACCAACGUCGGCAACGACUGUAUCGGACAAAGUCUCCUCGGUAUCGAGCAGUUUCUGAAGACGGAAUGGGCUGAGAAAGCGGGGGACGAUCCUGAGAUGCUGGAGGACCGCAUGCAAGAAGUCGAACAUGGCUUGCAUCAGUGCCAGACGCUGCUGGAACACUACACGGAUAUUGCCUUCGACUCUUUCGAGGCAUGGUGUCUACGCAACAUCUUCGCUGUCCCUCCUGGUCUUCCAUACGUUCUCCCCCACCAAGAGGGACUCGAUCUGACGACGACGCCGGAGCAGGAGCAGGAGUUGCUAGACGAGAUCAACGCGCUUCGAGAGCAGUUAGCCAACGAGAAGAAGAUCAGCCGACUGGCCCAGCGCGCCAUCCGUAUAACAACAGCUGAAAGGCGAGAGGCGGAGAAGGACCUCCAGCGCGUCUCGAUCGUCAAUCGCGACGACCUGAAGGAUCUCAAGCGCGUCCCAGAGAAGGUUGUAGAGCUGCAACAGGCCAUUGCAGAGCUGCCGGAGACCGAACCUGCGCCUGCGCUGGCCGCGCCCCCUGUGCAUCGCCCAUGGGAAGCGGAUCGGGACAGCUAUGUUGCGUGGGUGACAUCGCAGCUUGUCGCGCGUGCCGCCAUUGGCGCACCCACAACCUCCUCGAGCACUUCCCAGCCCCCAAGUCAAGACCCGGCAGAAACAGACUUCAUGGAGAGACUAUUGGAGACGCUGAACGGGCCCCAGUAGUUGUCCGUUAGCGACGACAUUUGUACUUGUUAGUCGAAGCAUAUAUUCCCGUGUGAUGUCAGGCGUGGGCGGUUCGCCUCUUGACCUCGUACCACGACGAUCUCUAGCCCCCGCUCAUUCUAUCGCCCAUUCUUCUAGCCCGCCAUGUCUGCCCAGCCGUCGUCUUCUGGCCCACUCGCCCUUU